AGCAGAUUGGAAACUACUCUCAGAAGCUUUGUCACUGCCUGUGAGAGUCCAGCUCCAGGGAGGAAACCGGAGGAGCAAAGGGGAGUGGACAGAAAGGGAUAGGGAGGGACUAAUGAGGGGACCGGUUUAAUAGGGUGCCCUUGUUGUUAGCACCUGGGACUUGCCGCAGCUCAGAACUUCAUUCCUCAGACAAACCAGCUGCAGUUUAGCCAUGCUUGCUGCUGCGGGCUCCCUGGUAGCCACGAUCUGGGCAGCGCUCCAUCCCAGGACUCUGUUGGUGGCUGCAGUCACCUUCCUGCUCCUGGCUGACUACUUCAAAAACCGGCGCCCCAAGAACUAUCCCCCGGGGCCUUGGGGUCUGCCUUUCGUGGGCAACAUAUUCCAGUUGGACUUUGGGCAACCCCACCUCGCAAUCCAGCCGUUGGUGAAGAAAUAUGGGAAUAUUUUUAGCCUGAAUCUUGGUGACAUAACUUCAGUGAUCAUAACUGGACUGCCCUUAAUCAAAGAAGCCUUUACUCACAUGGAACAAAACAUUAUGAAUCGUCCUCUAAGUGUUAUGCAAGAACGUAUUUCUAAUAAAAAUGGAUUGAUCUUCUCCAGUGGCCAGACAUGGAAGGAGCAAAGAAGGUUUGCCCUGAUGACACUGAGGAACUUCGGCUUGGGAAAGAAGAGCUUAGAGGAGCGUAUGCAGGAGGAGGCCUCGUACCUAGUGGAAGCCAUAAGAGAGGAGGAAGGAAAACCUUUCAACCCUCACUUCAGUAUCAACAAUGCAGUUUCCAAUAUCAUUUGCUCUGUCACCUUUGGGGAGCGCUUUGACUAUCAUGACAGUAGAUUUCAGGAGAUGCUGAGGUUACUGGAUGAGGUUAUGUAUUUGGAGACAACAAUGAUAAGUCAGCUGUAUAAUAUCUUUCCAUGGAUAAUGAAAUACAUCCCUGGAUCACAUCAGAGAGUUUUCAGAAACUGGGAAAAACUGAAAUUGUUUGUCUCUUGUAUGAUUGAUGAUCACCGGAAAGACUGGAACCCUGAUGAACCAAGAGACUUCAUUGAUGCUUUCCUCAAGGAAAUGACAAAGUACCCAGAGAAGACUACAAGUUUCAAUGAAGAAAACCUUGUCUGCAGCACCUUGGACCUCUUCUUUGCUGGAACAGAGACAACAUCAACUACAUUACGCUGGGCUCUGCUCUACAUGGCCCUCUACCCAGAAGUGCAAGGUAAGCAUAUUGUGACUAUACCUGACAGAGCCAAAUUCUUCUUCUGGAAUCUAUGGCUUAGAGAAGGCCAGAAGAUGGUGCAGAGAAAGGGUGUGGCAUAGCUGUGAGGCAGUGUG